UGAAAUACUCCUAAAGCUACCAGUGAAAUACAUCUUGCAAAUGUGGUGUGUUUCAAAAUCUUGGCUUGAUUUAAUUUCUAGCCCUGAUUUUGUCAAGACCCAUCUCUCUCUAUCUGCUAAUAACAAGGAAUACACCCACCAUAGGCUUAUGUUGAGUUCUUCUCGAGCUGAGUACCAUUUUAAGCAUUGUUACCUUAGUUCUUUAAUUUAUGAAUCUGUUACUAGGGUAUGUGACUUCGAUAAUCCUAUGAGAAAACCUCGUAAAACUGUUGAGAUUGUGGGUUCUGUCAAUGGUUUGAUUUGUCUUAUCAUUGGGGAACAAGACUUGUUUAUCUGGAAUACAUCAAUUAGGAAAUUCAAGAAAUUGCCUGAUUCUACCGCUACAUUGAUGUGUGGUUACUAUUUAAUGUUUGGUUUUGGAUAUGACGAGUUUCAUGAUGAUUAUAAGGUUGUGGCUAUUUUCCGUAAUAUGUUUGUUGAUAGUUUAUAUUUUACUGAGGUCAAUAUAUAUAGUCUAAAGAGUGAUUCUUGGACAAGUAUCCAUGUUUCUAGGAGUGGGGUGCUACUCAGUAGGUGUGGUAAGUUUGUGAAUGGCAAGCUUCAUUGGAUUACUAAGACUGCUCAUGGCUGGGACAUCAUUUGUAUUGAUUUGGCUGAUGGGAAAUGGGGAAAAGUUGAGCAACCCUGCUAUGGAGAAGGAAAACUUAAUUUUAGGCUGUCACUGGGAGUUUUGGGAGGUGAUCUUUCUUUGUUUUGUUAUUAUCAGAGAAUGACAACUCACGUAGAUUUGUGGAUUAUGAAGAAGUAUGGGGUUAAAGAAUCUUGGACAAAAAUGUUUAACAUCAAUCAUCCUGCUGAUCUUGUGCGUUUUCUCUUUUAUCCUCCUUUUUGUAUGUCAAACAAAGGUGAAUUUUUGUUUCAGUUUGUAUCAACUUUCAUGGUUUACAAUCCAAAGGAUGAGUCAUUGAGAUAUCUAGAGGUUACCAACUGUGAUACAUCAUUUGAGGCAAGCGUCUACAUUGAAAGCCUAGUUUGGCCCAUUUUCCCGAAAGGAUCCAAGGAUGCAAUAAUAACGAAGGCAUAAAAGCUCAUAUGAACACCGCCGUGUAACUAGUAACUAGGGAAUGUAAUAAUCAUGAUUCCUCUUGGGUGGAAGGCUGGUUGGCUCCUCAAAUACAUCAGGGAACUGCUUCAAAACUUGCUGUAUCACAGCAGGUACCUGCUCCUGCUCGUUUACUUCCUCUGCAGUCAAAGUAAACAGGUUGCAUGCUUCUCCUUCACUUAAGUGCCUGUUAUACGUCGUAUCAGGUUGAUCUAAACCAGAAAUUGACUGCACUCGGCUACUUAUGCUUGUGAUCUCUUAUUCUUGGUUUGCUCUAGUUGAAACGAUAUCUUAUCAACAAAAAGGAAAGACAAAGCGCAAAAAGUUAUCCAAAGGAAAAAGGGAUCAUAUGGUAAUACAUUUGUCGGUGACUUUGUGAUCUUGGUUGGAAAAAAUUUCUGUUAAACAAUUUCCCUAUUGCUUGAAACAACAAUGUAAGAGCUACUAUUCAAUUUUCAUCCAUUUUCUGUAAAAGUUAAGGUUGAAAUUGAACAAAAUGAGUCAUUAUCCAAAUUAUGUUGUGCAAUGUUGAAUCUUGACAUGUAAG